GCUACCUUCAAGCUCCAAGCCAUCCGGCCGUCCUACGGUGACCCUUUCGAGAUUGGUGGAGGAGCUCCAUCGGCCAGCGACGGGGGACGAAUAUUCUACAUUCGGGAGAAGCACAUCCACGAAGUUCGGCCACAGAGCAGCUGGCAGAUGGAUUGCGUUUGCGCGACUGCCGGAGCUUUGACUCUUAAUAUGCUCAGACGUCCCGGUCUGAUCACAACCGGUGACAUUGGACAUGCUCUGCCAAUGUCAGAUGACAAAAACUUCAGACGAAAUGUUCCGCCCAAGCGCUCAUUGGCGCUCGCUGCCGCCGGCAUCGUUCCUCGAAGGCGUGGCGCCGUCGAAUGGAGCUCAAGCGAUCGGAAUGUCCCAUGCUCGCGCACGCGUCGGCGUAUCACUAAGACAGACGGACUCCGUGAAGGCGGCUACAAAUCUACCAUACACCAUCAGGAAGCCCGAAAUAGCAAUGGGAUCCUCCGCCCGUCCAAAGUUCAAGGUCAAAUAACACCUCCAUGUCUGCAUUUGCCUUUGCACUUGCGCUUGCAUUCAUGGCAUUGGCGCGCCUCAUCCCGGCCAGGUGGUCCUCCAAAGAAGAAAACCCCCCGAAGGUUGACGAGGGUCUUGUUGGUAUGCUGUUGUUCUCUAACCAACCAAGUAGCUUCGUUUCAAGUGUUCCGAACGACGAAGCAUAGAGUUUGA